AUGAUCCAGAGCGCCGUUGUGCAGCAGCUUCGCCAGGGAGGCGUGCGCGUGACGCCCCAGCGCCUGGCCAUCGCCGAGGCGGUGCUCAACUCCACCGACCACCCCACGGUCCAGCAGAUCCACGAGCGCGUCCAGCAGCAUUUCCCUUCAAUGACGCUGGCCACCGUCUAUUCGACACUUGGCGUGCUCUCAAAGAGCGGUUUGAUCCAGGAACUGCCUUUUGCCAAGCAGUCCCGCUACGAGAGCAACGUCUCCCCCCACGUGAAUUUGGUCUGCAUCGGGUGCGGAAACAUCGCCGACGCCGAUGACAGCAGUGACAUCAUCAUCCGGCUGCGUGAUCAGGUUUCCAACGAAACCCGCUUCCAGGUCAUGUGGCAACGUGUCGAUUUCCAUGGCUGGUGCCGAACCUGCCAGGCCGCCAUCGAGCCCGCCGCCGCGGCCGGGCAGUAG